AUAAUAAUAAAUAAAUCUUUGGACCUGAGUGAGUGGAGUUAACCAGAGCGAGUGGGGUUGACCGGAGCGAGCAGAGGAAAAAAAUUAGAAAUGAUUGUGGGCAAGCUCUUUUCUUAACAGCUGCCCACGUGUUGGCACCUGUAGGCACAUGCUCUGUCCCCUGUCUGUUAGGACGAAGUGUCUGCCACAGAGGAGAUUUGUAUGUCUGAUGCCCUGGAUCGCACACACUUCUGUCUGCUCAGGUCCACCCAGCCUCCGUCCUUCCUGUACUCAAUGAUUCUUCUACUUUUUAUCUGAUAAAAUUCUUUACAAGUUGGCGUCUGCAGCCUUCAGGUCUCCCAUGCCCUGUGAACACUCCUUCAGUCAGGUGUUCACACUUAAGGCUGCUUAACCAAGUCUCUAGCACCUCCAUGUUGCUAACUGUGACUUCACAGUAGCAGUCCCUUGUCUCAGAGUCCCAGGAAUUGGGGACUACACAGCCACAUGCACCACCCCACCUGGCAAACCAUCCACUCCUCAAAGCGCCUAUGAACUGAAUGCAGGUGACAGUCACCAGCCCGGGCCUGCUCCAUAUAGUGUAUAUCACAGGAAGUCAUACUUGCCGGCACCCAGAAACCAUUUUAUCAUUUAUCAAAUGUGUAACUCAUAACUUUUGGGCACCAGAGGAGGCUAAGGAGAUGACCAUAGUCUUCAGUCCAUAUGGAGAAACUGUGUGCUUCUCUGUGAAGCCCGUGGGGAGAAUACUUACCUACAUAGUAAGCGUGGAUCGAAACAUUGUGGAUUUCAAACUCUUCCUUGUGUUUGUGACAGGCGUUUUCCUUUUCUUUUAUGCAAAGACCUUGAGCCAAAGCCCCGUUUUCUAUUACUCUUCGGGUACCAUGUUAGGUAUUCUAAUGACACUAGUCUUUGUCCUUCUGAUGGCUAAGAAACACAUUCCAAAGUAUAGCACAUUUGGGGCGCUAAUGAUUGGUUGUUGGUUUGCUUCAGUUUAUGUUCUGUGCCAGUUGAUGGAAGAUCUGAAGUGGCUGUGGUAUGGAAACAGAAUGUAUGUAUUAGGCUAUGUCUUGAUUGUUGGACUUUGCAGCUUUGCCGCCUGUUACAGUCACGGGCCUCUUGCUGAUGAGGGGAGCAGAGACCUUUUGAUGUGGACUCUGAGGCUCUUCUCCCUGGUUCUGGUCUACGCUGGUAUGGCUACGCCUCUGUUUGCCUAUGCUGUUGUGAUCCUCCUCCUGUUCUCCUCGAGUCUGCCCUAUCUACAGAGAGCAUUCAGCUAUCUGAGGUGGAAAAUGAGGCCAUGGUUCACAACAGAACCUCUGGUGUUGAGGUAUCUCACGGAUGAUGAGUAUAGGGAGCAAACUGAAGCUGAAACAGCCAGCGCUCUCGAGGAACUGCGCCAAGCCUGCUGGAGGCCUGACUUCCCUUCCUGGCUGGCUGUCUCUAGACUCCAGGCUCCUAAAAAGUUUGCAGACUUCGUUCUUGGAGCAAGCCACCUGUCACCAGAGGAGGUCAACACACAUGAAAAGCAGUAUGGGCUUGGGGGUGCCUUCCUGGAAGAGCAGCUCUUCAGCCUGCAGACGGACAGUCUACCUGCAAGUUGACUUCAUUCUGGAUGUGAAAGCAAGUUUAAACGGCAAAGAUCCUAUUCCAGCCGGGUGGGACCCAUGCACCGCAGCCAUGCAAAUAAGGAAAAACUCGUUUGUAUUUGUGCCAGAGAGCUUUACUGUGGUGGUGUGAAGGCUGAAGCAUCAUUGCCACGUGCCCGGAAUGAAGACCUUCAAGGGACAGUGCAAACCUGUUCUUUAGGACCAGUAAACAGAACCUGAUACCUUCCCUUCACCAGGCACUAUCUCCCUUCUGGAUGCCCGGGAGCUGGCUCAAAAGUCUGCAUUAUUGCACCCCCCCCCAUACCCUGUCUCAUCACAUCACUGCUUUCUAAGGUACCAUUCACGUGACAGUAGGAAGUGCUGUUGAAGGAACUCUGAUGCUGGCUGUGGUUAACUCAGAGUUACACAUUCUUCAGGCUCCUCCAUCUUUAAUGCUACAAAGGCAUUGCUGGUCUCAUAAAAGGCAGACAUCAGGCACAGGGCUUCUAACUUACCACAGACGGUUUCUCAUGAGACUAAUAAUCUUCAGAACUCAUGUUUGGCAAUGCUCCCGAUGGUGGAAUUUAGGUUUGAGAGUUAGAACAAAAGUGUGGCCAGCGGCCUUGGUAACACCGCAGCCCUGGUGCGUGUGGGACUCGGGUAUGAGGUGCUUCAUCACAUGCAGGUUCAGGGCUGUGUCCCCGGGGCCUUGCUCUCAUCGUGUUAGUGCCUCGAGUGCUUUUGUUGUUUUGUUUUGUUUUUUUAAACAAUGCCCAGCCAGUUAUUUAAUAACUGUGACUAAAAAGAAACAUUUCUUAGGGUUAUAUUUAAUAUUUUGAUAAGAUUUUAUAUGCAGGCAGUAUUAAAAAUUAUAGUUACUUUUUGUACUUUUUAUAUAUUGAAAUUGAAAGUAUGGAAGCAUUUGUGACAUUUCGAGAUUUAUUUUUUAAAACUGAUUAUAUAUGUCUACAAUGAAUUCUCACAAAAUAGAUUUGUGAUACCUCUUUUUGCUUCAGAGAGAGCAAAUGUUUGUUUCUUGGUGCAUGAUAAACUCCAGGAUGAAAUGAGCUACUAACUGGGCUUGCUCCCAAGGAAAGGAGCAGAAACAGCCUUAAGACUUGAGUGUGGCAGACAUUCUGUGAAUGGGUCGCUACUUGAUUACUUGAUCCUCUGAGAAUCAAAGUCAGGCUGUCUUAUCUUUUGUAGUGUAAUGAUAAAAAACAACAACAAAAACAAAAAGCACGAGAAAGGAGAAGGACACAAGACACAGACUUGGUCACUGUCAUCCCCUGAGAGUGAUGCUGACUUCCGAACUUUCUAUAUUCACUCUCAAAUGAUGCUUCCUCUUUAAGCUCUAUGUCAGUGUUUCUGCCUCUGCUUUUUGACAGACAUAUAUCAGGAAUCUUUUUCCUUCCCUUAGAAAGGCACAGAUUGAACUUCACUCAGUUCAAUCUGUGUCUUUACACAUUGAUUUUAAAAUGUCAACGAGUGGGGUCUGGAGAGAUGGCUCAGUGGUUAAAAAGAGCCUUACAGAGGAUUCAAGUUCAGUCCUAACAUCCGAGUGACAUGGUGGCUUGCAGCCAUCCAUAACUCUAGUUUCAGGGGGUCUGAUACCUUCCUCGGACUUCGCAUGCACAUACACACAGGUAAAAACACUUGUGUAUAAAUAAUGUGCUUCUAUUCAUUUUGGCAAUUAUUUUGCAAAAAUAGACAGGAGUUGUAACAUUUUGCCACAGCUUAAUCUGGUUUUCUUUUUCAGUAACUUUACUUCUUGGGGAUGUAUUGUAACAGGUCAGUUGUAUCAGUGCUUGUACAUUGCUGGUUCACCUCUCACUAAGCAGUUUGUCUAGUAUAGAAUGUGUAUGUGUGUGACUUACAUGUGAGCACCUCCUGAGCCACCAGGGCAGCCCCAGCCUUCCUGAGCCAGUAGGGACCUCACUGUGAAGCUGCAGCUCCCAGCACUCGCAAGCCGGUGUACCCACAAGGAAAACAGUGGCAAUCUUUUGGGAUGCUGUUUUCGUGCUUAUUUCUGGAAGGAAUUGUGGAUCUGUCAGAUUGUUAUGUGACGGCUGUGAGAAGCUAAACAAUUAAAACAUUUCUGGUGAAA